UGCACGUUGUGCAAGAUAUGACAGAAACCAAUAAUUAGAAUGGCACAUUAGAUUUACAACCAUUCGCCCUCCACCAUGAGGACGCUUCACAUUUUGAUCUUGGUUUGUGCUCUUCUUGACGGAAAAUGGACCUUCGGACAACAGGAUGAGCUUAGUUGUGGAAUAAGCAAACCAGUGGAAUACUUGAACAUUGUUGGCAUUCGAAGCUUUUCCGAUGUGGUGUCACGUGUGGCUGGCACAAGCGAGACCGAGUCCGUCAGACCUCGGACCUAUCCGUGGCUAGUCUCGGCCGGGUUCCUGGACAAUGACGGAUUGUGGAACCAUCAGUGCGGCGGAUCAAUCAUCUCGAACAAACACAUUCUGACUGCUGCCCAUUGCACGAUGGGACCGGGAAAUAUGGUCUUGCGUUUUGGUGACACGAGAUUGAGAGAUGCGAAUGAUGACCAAGCAGUGUUUACCCGAAGUAUUUAUCGCACCCAUGUUCAUCCAAAGUACCAGCGAGAUAAAAAUGAGGCAUACUACGACGUGGCUAUUUGGGAGAUUAAGCCUGGCAUUCAAUUCAAUUCUUUUGUUCGGCCCAUUUGUAUUCCCAACGAGGCCAAACUCAAUGUGGACCAACACUCUAUGCAGCAAAUGCAUUUGGCCGGCUGGGGAUUGUCGGGUCGGAGCGCAGCUGGAUCUCAAAAUAUGUUGCGUCAAGUGUUCCUCACCAUUUACGCCCAAAGGCUUUGCCAGACUUUGUACGAACAAGCCGACGAGUCCGACACCAACAUAAUGAAUGCCAUCAGCAAUCUCAUCCCCAAUGGUUUCCAGAGCAAUAUAGUUUGUGCUGGGGGUGCCAUCACUGGAAACUACGGCUCGUGCAAGGGCGACUCUGGAAGCCCCUUGUUCCAAUUUUCUCAGUCCAGGUUGAAGUUCAUACAACAGGGGAUUGUGUCAGGUGGCAUUGGGUCUUGCGGUGAUCCCAAAUAUCCCUCGAUAUAUGUGCGAUUGGAAGACCCAGAAAUAUUGAAGUUUAUCAAAAGCACCAUCAAAGACAAUUUGGUUCAUGGCAAAAGUAUUCCGAAAACGCCCGUCAAGCCUCCCAAACCGGCCCAACCUAGUAAUUCAAAAGUGGCUCUAGAUCCGAAAGGUCAAAGCGCAAUGGAACGAGACAUGGUCUUGACAGCCUCCAAAGCCAUCAAUAAUGGGCGGAAAGUUGACCAACAAGAUCGAAAUGGUCGCUCUUUGUUGUGGAAGACAGCAGAAAUGGGUGUGUUUCCAGCGGCCAGGAUUUUGGUCGAGAAUCGAGCUGAUUUGAAUCUUGCCGACAAGCAAGGAAUCACACCUCUCCAUGUGGCCAGUGAAAAAGGCUUUACAAGUUUGGUCAACCUCCUGGUAAACUUUAACGCAUCGGUCAACGUCACGGACAAUCGUGGGAUGAGUCCCUUGAGUUAUGCAGCCCAGAGUGGAAAUGCCCUCGUGGCAAACGCUUUGGUCUCAUCGGGUGCCAUGCUCAGCCAUCAAGAUAUUGACGGAAACACGCCCCUCCAUCACGCCAUCAUGGCCGGUCACAACGAGUUGGCUGCCUACUUCCUCUCCCUCGGAUUCAACGCCAGUAUUAGGAAUAAGGAAGGUCUUUAUCCGGUUCAUUUGGCCGCCCAAUAUAGCUCACCUGAGGUGGUACGUCAAAUGCGAUCGCUUGGUGUGGAUACCAACCAAUUGGUGGGGAAUGGUUGGUGCCCUCUGUCCUUGGCUAGCAUCUACGGGAAUCGGGAAGUGGUCGAAUAUUUGGUAGAAGAGGCGUCAGCUGACGUGGCUGCCGUGGACAAUUUCGGACAAACUCCUCUUUUGGCAGCGGCAUGCUCGGGAUAUGACGACAUCGUCGCAUUUCUUGUGAAAAAGGACCGGGCCCAAGUGAAUCGGAGGGACGCAUUUGAACAGACGCCAUUACAUCUGGCAGCCAAAUUUGGGCGCAAGGAAGUGGUGGAGCUGCUUUUGAAAAAUGGCGCCAACAAACAAGCUCGAACGAGCCAAGGUCAAAACCCGCGCGACUUGGCCAUCCAAUUCGGGCAUUUCGAUCUCGAUCAGCUUCUAAGCUAAAUAAUGACACUUGUAUAAUUGUAUUUGUUAGAUAACUGCUGAUCCGUGGUAGUUUAUGUCGGACAGUUUAAGUACUAGUUAAAGAUCGGAUAAUU